UACUCUCUACUCAUAAGCCAUUCUUCCAAAAAAAAAAAAGGGUUCUCUCUUCUCCUCUGGAUCUCAAGAGUGUUUUGGCUCUUAGUUCAGACUUCAGAGUUUCAGUUCCUCUAGUUCUUAGUGCUCAGUUCAUUUGGUUUCAAUUUAGAUCAGAAGCAAACGGUGAAAGAGAUGGCUCUGGAAGCUCUCAACUCUCCGACCACAGCCACCCCUUCGUUCAACUUCGAGGACGCUGCCAGCCUCCAGUGGCUUGAGCCAUGGGCCAAGAGGAAGCGUUCGAAGCGUGGACGGUUUGAUCACCCACCCACCGAGGAAGAGUACCUCGCUCUCUGCCUCAUCAUGCUCGCUCGUGGCGGUGGCGGCGCAACUUCCAGAAACAUUAACUCCACCGCCACCGCCACCUCACAGAGCCACCAAUCUCCCAGUCCUGCAGCACCAGAGGUGGCGACGGCACCUGCACCGAAGCUUGUGUACAAGUGUUCUGUUUGCAACAAGGCCUUCUCCUCUUACCAGGCCCUCGGUGGACACAAGGCCAGCCACAGAAAACUCGCCGCUGGACUCGAAGACCAAUCCACCUCCUCCACCACCUCUGCCACCGUCACCGCCAGCACCGUCACGGCCUCCAACAACAGCAGUGGUAGGGCCCACGUGUGCACCAUCUGCCACAAGUCCUUCCCCACAGGACAGGCCUUGGGUGGACACAAGCGUUGUCACUACGAAGGCGGUGGCGGCAGCGGAAGCAGCGCCGUCACCACUUCGGAAGGUGUAGGAUCUACACACAGCCACAGCCACAGCCACAACAACCUUCACCCCCGUAACUUCGACCUCAACCUCCCCGCUUUGCCGGAGUUCUCACCUAAUUUCUUCAUGUCAGGGGAAGACGAGGUGGAAAGCCCUCAUCCAGCGAAGAAGCUCCGCAUCUUGAUGCCACCAAAGAUUGAAAUUUCUCAUUAGUUAAAGUUAGGAUUUCUAGUAAAAUUAGGACUUCAGGGAUUUUUUAAUCAGACUAAUUUUAUUUUUUUUCUUGGAAUUUGUAUCAGACUAAUUACUUUUCGUUUUUAAUUUUUGUGUUUCUUAGUUGUGAGAGAUUUUUUUUUUUUUUUCUCUGUAGAUAGAACUUGGAAGUCUCCCUUGUGUUGCUCAGCCCAGUUUGUGAUAGUGAUAAUUCAAUUAAUUCUUUCCCAUUUCAAA